AGGGAACACCUUAGAAGUCCCACUCCUAAAAUAUCUACAAACUGCUUGCGUCUAUAUCUCUAGAUCACCAUUAACCAACAACAAGAAUCUCUCAUUUUCUCUUCGCUUUUUCUCGCCGGAGUCGUUUCGCCGGAGCUAUCUCGUCGUUCUCCGGUCACCGUUGUUCUAACUGAACCGUCUUUUUAUUGUCGUCAUGGCUAAUUGAUGUGCGAUCACUUUGAACCGUUCGAUUUCUCGAUUGAAGAGCUUUUGGAUUAAGAAGUAUCGUAACGAGCUGCGAUCCGUGACGGAAAGCUUUUUCGCAUAUUUUGUGAUCAUAUUGUUGAGGAAUGAUGAAUUAUCUACAAGGACCAGUUGUGUGCCCCUCAGUACCGCAGAAGCAAGUAGGGGUUCAUAGAGUUCCUGCAGUUAACGGGUCGUUAACAAAGGCGAAAACUCUUAGAAGUGGGAUAUGGGGAUUUAAAGGCUUCUAUCGUCAUCCUGUUCAUAUCCAUUGUCAACCAAAGUCAAACAUAAUUACAUGCACUUUUAGUUCAUCCUCAAAUGGCAAUGGUAGCAUGGCAGAGAGUUUUAAUGAGAAUGACUCUGAUUAUGUGGAUUCCAGUGUAGUUGAAGCUGUUGAAGUGAAGAGCAGCCCAGAAGGAUUUAUGAUUAAGAUGAGGGAUGGUAAGCAUCUAAGAUGUGCUCAUAACAAUCCUCAAGGUGGUCAAACUCCCGAUUACGCCCCGCAUCCUGCGAUCGUAUUGAAGAUGGAAGAUGAAACCGGCCUAUUACUUCCAAUAAUUGUUUUGGAGAUGCCUAGUGUGUUGCUCAUGGCAGCAAUUCGCAAUGUUCAAAUCGCUAGGCCAACUAUGUAUCAAGUGGUGCGGGAAAUGGUUGAUAAGAUGGGCUAUAAAGUCAAAGUUGUUCGGGUAACCAAGAGAAUACACGAAGCGUAUUUUGCUCGGCUAUAUCUCACAAAGGUGGAUGACGAAACCGAGUGUAUUAGCUUCGACCUUCGUCCAUCAGAUGCCAUCAAUAUCGCUGUUAGGUGCAAGGUGCCAAUACAAGUGAACAAGUACUUAGCAUAUAGUGACGGAAUGAAGGUUGUUGAAUCCGCAAAGCCUUCGAUGCAAGGAUCUUCGUCAGACGGGUUGAUAUUUAAAGAACUGGACAGACCAAGUGGACAGCCUUGUGUUGAAACGAAGGAGUUUAAUCUUGUUCGGAACAUGCUUAUUGCUAUUGUUGAGGAACGUUACAGAGACGCUGCACAAUGGAGGGAUAAGCUCACUCAGCUUCGAUCCAAGAAGAACCGAGCAUAACAUGAGGAUGGAUCUGUACAUAAUUUGGUGUCUGGUAAUUAUCAUUGUGCGCGUUUCUUUAGUUGAAAAUAUGCAAGUAUUAAGGUUUGUAAUGUACAUAUGUGUUGUAAAUUGUAGCGCGACUAUCGCGAACAUUCCUGUUUCAUUCUACUUGUUGAAGCAAAACUAGUCACAUUUGUAUGGUCAAAACUCCUCCUUAAGCCUAA